CCACCAUUUAUUCACUCUCUCUUCUUUCUCUCUCUUCAUUUCUUUUUGUCCUCUAUGCUUUUUAUAUAGUUUCUUGUUUUUAUUCAAUUCAGCUCUUUCAUCAUCCUUUCUCUCUCUACAAACCUUUCCUCUACUCUUCUGUUUGUUAGGAUUCCCCAGCUAUUCUUUCUCCCUUCACAAGCCAAACCCAAUCUCUCUCUCUUCUACGAAAAUAGGGCCGGCGGAUAAUGCUGCCGGAGCUGUAUUUCCCAGCCGUCUGUAAAAUUUUCCGGCCAUCGUUGAGUCCAACAACCCAUCCAAGAUUUUGCUUGCCCAGAUACUGAAAACCCCUCUUUGUUUCAUCUCUGGAUUCAAAACGGAAAAUUAAAAAAAAAAAAUGCCGGAGACACUUUUCCGAACAAAGCCAAAUGGGGAGAUUUUCGAUAGAGAGGAGAGAUUAAGCGAUAAUAAUCAUCCCACCAGCAUAACCACCACCACUACGCCGAGAUCAGUAAUCAUCGUUCCUCGAAGCAAAUCACAAGCCACCUGCGGGAGAGGGACACCCACUUCGGCAACCGAGUGCAACCCAGUCAGUAUUCUCGAGAAACACCUACCGAACGGAGAUCUGUACAUCGGAACAUUCUCGAACAACACCCCCCACGGAUCGGGCAAGUACCUCUGGAAAGACGGAUGUAUGUACGAAGGCGAUUGGAAGAAGGGGAAAGCUAGCGGCAAGGGCAAAUUCUCCUGGCCGUCGGGCGCCACUUUCGAGGGCGAGUUCAAGUCGGGUCGGAUGGAGGGUGCGGGUACUUUUAUCGGGUCGGACGGCGAUAUGUACAGAGGCUCCUGGUCUGGGGAUCGGAAGCACGGUUACGGCGUUAAGCAUUACAGUAACGGCGAUUACCACGAAGGGCAGUGGAAGAGGAAUCUACAAGAUGGGCAAGGGAGGUAUCUAUGGAGCAACGGGAAUGAAUAUAUCGGCGAGUGGAAGAGCGGUAUGAUUCAUGGGAGAGGGGUUUUGGUUUGGAACAAUGGGAAUCGGUACGACGGGAAUUGGGAGAACGGCGUUCCGAAAGGGCACGGGGUUUUCACGUGGCCGGACGGUAGCUGCUACAUCGGCUGCUGGUCGAGCGGUUCUUGUAAAAAUACGAACAAGGCGCAAAUCUUGAACGGCACUUUUUACCCUUCACACAAUGGGAAGAAUGCUGUAAAUGGAGAUGGUGUGAAGGGGUAUUUCAGUCAUAAGUUAUCUGCGCCGUUGAUGGUUGUUGGGGAAGAUAGUAUGAAUGCGAUGAUUGGUGGUGGUGUGGGUAAGAAGAGGUCGUCGGUGGAUAGUGGGGUUGCGGAGAGGGCGUUUCCGAGGAUUUGUAUCUGGGAAUCGGAUGGCGAAGCGGGGGAUAUCACUUGCGAUAUUAUCGAUAAUGUGGAGGCGUCGAUGUUGUACACGAAUGGGUUUUCGUUGAAUAGAGAUGGGAUUAAGCAGUUUCGGAGAAACCCUUGUUUUAGUGGCGGUGAAGCGAAGAAGCCCGGACAGACGAUUUCGAAAGGGCACAAGAAUUAUGAUCUGAUGCUCAAUCUCCAGUUGGGUAUUAGGUAUUCUGUGGGGAAGCAUGCUUCGAUACAGAGGGAUCUUAAGCAUAGUGAUUUCGAUCCCAACGAGAAGUUUUGGACUAGGUUUCCCACCGAAGGUUCGAAAAUCACACCACCACAUCAGUCGGUUGAGUUUCGGUGGAAGGAUUAUUGCCCUGUGGUAUUUAGACAUUUGAGGGAGCUCUUUCAAGUAGACCCUGCCGAUUACAUGUUAGCGAUUUGUGGGAAUGAUGCUCUGAGAGAACUUUCUUCGCCUGGCAAAAGCGGAAGCUUCUUCUACUUGACGCAGGACGAUCGGUUUAUGAUCAAAACUGUCAAGAAAUCGGAAGUCAAGGUGCUUAUCAAGAUGCUUCGAAGUUACCACAAGCACGUCUGUCGAUACGAAAAUUCUCUCGUGACGAAAUUUUACGGAGUCCAUUGUGUCAAACCGGUUGGCGGUGUCAAGACUCGAUUCAUUGUGAUGGGAAAUUUAUUCUGUUCGGAGUAUCGAAUUCAUAGAAGGUUCGAUUUGAAAGGAUCUUCCCAUGGCCGAACGACAGGCAGACCUAAUGGAGAAAUCGACGAAACCACAACUUUAAAGGAUCUUGAUUUGAACUACGUGUUUCGAUUAGAAACCAGUUGGUAUCAAGAACUUAUCAAACAAAUCGAUCGGGAUUGUGAAUUCUUGGAGAAAGAACGAAUCAUGGAUUACAGUCUCUUAGUUGGUCUUCAUUUUCGCGAUGAUAGCACCGGGGACAAAAUCGGGUUAUCACCUUUUCUGUUACGCAGAGGAAAGAGUGAUUCAUAUCAAAACGAAAAGUUUAUGCGCGGGUGUCGUUUUCUUGAAGCGGAAUUACAAGAUAUGGACCGGGUUUUAGCUGGCAGGAAACCGUUGAUCCGAUUAGGGUCAAACAUGCCGGCACGAGCAGAGCGAGUAGCUCGAAGGAGCGAUUUCAAUCACUACAAUCACGGUAGUGGAUUCAGCAACUUCGCAUCGUCGCACAGCAGCGAAACCUACGAAGUGGUCCUCUACUUUGGGAUAAUCGACAUCUUGCAAGACUACGACAUCAGCAAGAAGCUCGAACACGCUUACAAGUCGCUACAAGUGGACCCCACCUCAAUCUCGGCCGUCGAUCCGAAACUGUAUUCGAAACGAUUUCGAGAUUUUGUCGGGAGAGUAUUUACAGAGGAUAGGUGAAAAGGAAUUCUCCGAAGGAAAGAAAUGAGUAUCUUUAGAUUCUUGAAGGAAUCUUGAAGAUUCCCGGCUACAUAUAUAUGGUAUUGCCGGCGACUCGGCGAAGAGACGACGAAGAUAUAUUGGCAGCUGAAUUUUUUUAGGAUCAGCUUUGGUGGAUGUAAGUUUGGUGAAUUUUUUUUUUUUUUUUUUUUGUAAAUGAAAAUGUUGGGGGUGGGGGCGAGAAAAAAGGGUUUUUUGUGGGGUUGAUUAUAAUUUUGUUAAUUAAAGAGUAAAUUAUUGGUGUAAGCACAAAGGAAUGUGAAAGAUAGGCAUAGGGAACAGAGCAUCUGUGUGUGUUUUUCUCCAAGAAAAAAAAGAUUCAAAAUUUAUUAUUGGAGGGGUUGAUUUGAAUAAUCAAAGUGUACAGCUUAGCUUACAAAGUGAAAAAAAAAGAAGUUGAAUAUUUUAUGAAAUAUAUUUUGUAA